AUGAGGACCAUGGGUUACAUGCCUACUGAAAUGGAACUUAUUGAACUCUCACAAAAAAUCACAGGGGGUAAAGUUGACUUUGAGGACUUUGUAGAGCUAAUGGGGCCUAAACUUCUAGCAGAGACAGCCGACAUGAUUGGUGUAAAGGAGCUAAGAGAUGCUUUUCGGGAGUUUGACUCAAAUGGUGAUGGUCGAAUCAGUACACGAGAACUGCGAGAGGCCAUGAGAAAACUCUUGGGUCAGCAACUUGGUCCUCGAGAAGUUGAUGAAAUCCUGAGAGAUGUGGACGUGAAUGGAGACGGACUUGUGGAUUUUGAAGGUACAUGCCACAAGAACUUUGGGCUUUUUUUUAUAAAAGUGCUAAAAGAAGGAGUGUUUGUGCUGUCCACAGCAUCCAAUCAGGUUUCCACAGUUGUGAUUCCAAUGUAG